AUGGCUGCUUUGGAAAACACGCGCCUCCUGGCCCUGGAAGGACUCCUGGGCCGUCACGAGACCUUGAAACCAGAACCCUGGCUUGACCGCGGUCCCGUCCAGCGUUUGCUAAACAAUGAGCUCAUGUGUUUUGAGAACAUCUGCCCGGCAAGGCUGGACCUAGGCUCAGAAGAACUGACCGUUAAGUCCCCCGCGGGGCCACAGCUCAGUAACCUUGUGGUCCAUGACGCUGAUCUCCUGGUGGCUAACGGGCAGAUGUCCUUGACUGUGGAUGGCCUCUUCAAUACCUCCGUGGCGCUCCCAGCCCCUCCGCAUCAACUGGACGUCGAUUAUGGCCUCUAUGUGGGAGGGACAGGAAGUCUGGAGCUGCCGUACCUGACCAGAGCAAGUGUGCCAUUCAGGGGUUGCCUCCAUGCCAUGACGUUCAACGACCACGACGUCCUCUCCGCGCUGGCGUCCAGCUCCAGCACCAAAAGAGUCCACGGCAUCCGAGAGGGGUGCAGUGAGGAAUUUUCUGCUGGGCCUGACGACCCCUUGGGCUUUCUGGGGCCAAAUUCAUACGUUGUGUUCCCUGGUUGGAGCGCGAGAGCGGAAGGGACCAUUGAGUUUGUGAUCACCACCGGCGUGAAGCAAGCCCCCCUGAUUUACCAGUCAGGCCUGCAGAACGACUUCUUCUACCUGGAAAUCUUCGACGGGCGCCUGAGGGGGGUGGUGGAGAAAGGGAACGGGCCCGUCGUGCUCCACAACAACUUCUACCUCAGCAACGAGCAGGAGCACUACGUCAAAGUCCACAUGGACGUCCGCCGCUUCGAAAUCCUCGUUGACUACUAUGCCUCUCAAACUUCCAACAAGGGUAUCCACAACUACCUCGAUCUCCAAGGGCCGCUCUUUGUCGGUGGCCUGAACGAGAAGGCCGCCAACCGGUUGAGGGAGCGUCGGUUGGCUUUUGCCUCUGGGAGUGGCUUCUCCAACAACUCCUUCGUGGGCUGCUUGGAGGACCUGAGGAUAAACCUGGAGAAGAGAAGCUUCCGAGAUGCCCUUGUCACCCGGGACAUGACGGUUGGCUGCGGGACGUUGGAGCAGUUUGCAGAAUAUGACAAUGCGUACGAGCAGGAUGAAGCCCCCACGAGUCCCCCUCCAGAUUAUUGGCAGGGCCCAGUUAUGGAACCCUGUCACCCGGACCCCAACCUCCCCCCGGUCUUUGCUAACUUCACCAAACUCUUGCACGUCAGCCCUUUGGUUGUCGCCGAAGGAGGCACGGCUUUCCUGGAGUGGCGGCACACCCAGCCAACCAUCGACCUCAGCGCCGCUAACAUCAGGCAGUCUCAGGUCCUCUUCAAAGUCACCUCAGUCCCGUCGCAUGGCCAGAUGGACCUGGACAUCUUCAGCGCGAGGAACAGAAGGAAGUUUACCCUGUUGGAUAUCACAAAUCGGAAAGUCAAGUAUGUCCACGAUGGCUCCGAAGGGCCUAUGGACCAGGUGUUGCUGGAGGUAACCGUCACUUCCAAAGUAGGGAUUCCAGAGUGUUUGUGGCAAGGCCAGAUCUAUCUGCUGCCCAUAAAGAUCAACCCGGUCAACGAUGCCCCUGAAAUCGUGUUUCCACGUGGAGACCUCGUGGUAGUUCUGGAGCACACCCGCAAAGUCCUGAAUUCAGAUCUCAUCCAAGCCCUCGACGACGACACCUCUUGCGACAGCUUGCGGUUCCAGCUGCUUGGUGGGAAAAGAAUGGAAGAAGGUUAUGUGGAGUACGGCUCAGAUCCUGGAGUCCCGAUCGAGGAGUUCUCUUGUAGAGAUUUGGAAGCAGGCCGGGUGGUGUAUGUCCACCAAAGUGGGCCUACGUCAUCGCUCAUUUUCCAAGUGAACGACGGCAUGGUCAUGAGUCCGGUAGCUACCUUGAGGGUGGUCGCCAUGGAGCCCGACAUCCAAGUGCGCAACAACACAGGCCUCUUUGUCUCACAAGGGGGUGUUGUCCCGAUCACUACAACCAACCUCUCCGUGGAAACCAACGCAGUCCAGCAAAAAGUUCCCAUCCUGUAUCGGUUGACCGCACCCUUGCAGUAUGGUGAGAUCCAAAAGCAGGAGACCCCGGGUGGGGAAUGGAAGACAGUUGAGUCAUUUCACCAGCAAGAUGUCGAGCAAGGGCGCGUCCAGUAUUUCAGCACAGACACUGAGCACCUGGUAGAAGACGUGACCGAGAAGGCGCAGUUCGUGGUCCAAGUGGGCCAGAAGACCCUGAGAAACAACACGUUCCUCGUCAGAAUCAAGAGAGCCACCAUCAUGAUGAAGACGAUGGUUCCACUCCAGAUGAAGAAUGAGAGACAGAGAAAUAUCACUGCAGCCGAACUGGAGGCGGUUUUAGGAGAGUUGGGUUCUGAGCCAGUGUUUUUCCACUAUCUGAUCAUUCAGCCGCCCCAAAAGGGAAAUCUUGAACUCCACGGCAGCAGGCUGGCUGAGGGCUUUGGUUUCAUGCAAGAGGAUCUGCAAAACCACCACCUUAGCUACGCUGCAACCAUCCGAGACUCCAAGGAAAGUGAGGAUUUCUUCCGGUUUCGUGUCAUGGCAGAGGAGCACUAUUCCCCCGUAUACACUUACACGAUACAUAUCGGCGGAGAUCCAGAUGUUCCCACGGUGACCAAUGUCCUUCUCUCGGUUUUAGAGGGAGGGCAGGCCGUAAUAUCCAAGGACCAUCUGUUUGUCAAGACCACGAACAAUCUGGAUUAUAUGUAUGAGGUGAUAGAUGGUCCAACGCACGGGAAGCUGAUCUGGAAAACCUCCAGGAACUGGUCGCCCAGCCAGGAAUCCAUCACAAAGUUCACAAAUGAGGAUAUCCUCCAAGGCCGUCUUGUGUACCAGCAUGAUGAUUCUGAAACCUUGGAGGAUGAUAUCCCUUUUGUGGCCAUCAGGCAAGAUGAAGGGAGCUUAGACCCAGAUGCCGAAGAAGUGAGGGGUGUCUUCAGAGUCUCCGUUCAGCCCGUGAAUGACCACACACCCGUCCAGGUGGUGAACAAGGUCUUUAAUGUGGUGCGCCACGGGCAGCGCUUGUUGACCACUGACGACAUCGCCUUUGUCGACGAGGACUCGGGCUUCUCGGACGCGCAGCUGGUGUUGGUGAGGAAGGACAUUCUCUUCGGCAGCAUCAUCGCUGUGGACAAUAGGAGCCUACAGGUGUACCGUUUCACUCAGGACGACCUGAGGAAGAAGAAGAUUCUCUUUGUCCAUUCGGGGGCUGACCGUGGCUGGAUCCAGUUCCAGGUCUCUGAUGGUCUCCACCAGAUUGCGACGCUUCUGGAAGUACAGGCCUCCGACCCUUACCUGACGAUCAGGAACCACACUGGCUUAGUCGUCCGCCAGGGUGGUCAGAGGGCCAUCGACCUCUCCGUCCUCAGCUUGGAAACCAACAUGGAUAUCAGGAACAAUGAGGACAUCCUUUUCCGGAUCAUAGCCCCGCCCCAAGGGGGAGUGGUUGUUCAUGGGGGCCAAGAGGUGUCUUCCUUCACUCAGAUGGACCUGCUUUCAGGAGAAGUGGUUUAUCAGCAUAAUGGCAGCAAAAGCUCCCAGGACACGAUCCAUUUCUCUGCUGAAGUGAAUCAGGUGGUCGUGGAAGGUACCCUGCCGAUCACAGUGUCUCUCGAUUUCCACCCUAGCCCACUCAACUUUGUUCACCACGAGAGGAUCCACAUUCUCCAAGGAGAAGCCGUGGAGAUCAAGAAUGACUAUUUGCUGGUUCAGCAUGAAGACGUUCCUCCCCAAGAUAUCGUUUACGUGGUCACCGUCCCUCCCGCUUCGGGGUUCCUGGUGGCCUUGACCCAGGGCCCCACCGCAGAAGAACCUCCAAACCUGGACCCCAUCCAGUCUUUUACUCAAGAGGACAUCAACGAAGGCAAAGUGCUGUAUCUCCACUCCAACCCAGAGAUCCAGAGCGACCAGUUCACCGUGGACAUCACAGCCGAGGGGGUGGACACCCUGGAGGGAGUCGUGGUAUCCCUGGAGAUUCUCCCGAUUUCGAUCCCUCUGGAAGUUCACAACAUCACCGUGCUAGAAGGGAGCGCCAAGGCCGUCUCCAUGGAGGUCCUCAACAUUCCCAGCACGUACUUCUCAGCUCUCAAUGUAGAGUUCGUGGUGCUUAAAGGCCCAGAGCACGGGAUUCUACAGAAUACGGAGAGACCCGAAGAGGGAAACCUGCAUGUCUUCUCCUGGUUUGAGGUAGAACAACAGCUGAUUCAUUAUGUGCACGACGGCAGCGAGUACUUCGCGGACAGAUUCACGGUGGUGGCCAACGUGUCCGAGGUCAACCAGCAGAGCCAACCCAGGACGAUCUCCGUUGAGGUGAUUCCAAGCAACGACGAGGCACCGGUCAUGUUGGUCAACAGAGAACUCCAGGACUGCUGCAUGCACACCCUUCUCCUCUGCGCUCCUGUAUACCCCGCCCUGCAGCUCAAUGCACGCUUUAUGCCCCAGAAGGAUGACUGA